AUGUCCGACCUUCCAGCUUUCCCUCCACCCCCCGGAGUUACUGCGAAUUUUGUCAAUCCACCCAAUAUCUCAUGGCAGCUCAAUGCAUUUUGCCUGCCAUUCACUGGCGCAGCUACCAUUUUUGUAGCCAUGAGACUCUAUGCCAGGGCCUAUGUUCUGAGGUUUCUCGGUCUAGAUGAUCCAAUUCCCUACGGUUAUGGCGUCGACCUCUGGAACCUCACCCGAGGCGACGUAAUAACAUUCUUGAAGAUCGAUCUCGGCGCCUUCACAACCUACUACCUCGGCACCCUCUUCGUCAAGCUCUCCAUCCUCCUCUUCUACCUGCGCAUCAAUCCCGAUCGCGUCUUCCGACGCCUGGCCUACGCCAUCGGCGCCUUCGAGAUCACCUAUAUCCUCAUUUCCAUCGGCAUCCAGAUCUUCGGCUGCUCGCCCGUUGCUCGCUCGUGGGACUUCUACAUCCCGGGCAGUUGUGUGAACAAGAAAGAUUAUUUCUACGUGCAAGCAGUAUUUAACAUAGUUACUGACUUCGCAACUUUGUUACUGCCGAUCAGGAUGUGUGUUCGAUUGCAACUUCCUACGAGACAGAAGUGGAUGCUUGGUUUGACGUUUGCUGUGGGGUCGUUUGCAUGCAUCGUCUCUAUCGUCCGCCUCGUAACCCUGCUCCCCGCCUUCCACAGCAUAAACUUCACGGUCUUCAAAGUCAACAUCGCCGCGUGGUGCGAAGUCGAGAUCAACACUGGCAUCAUCUGCUCUUCUCUACCUUGUCUGAAGCCCAUCUUGAACCGGCACUUCCCUUCCCUUAUGAAGAACAAUUCCUCGGCGGCUGUGUUGAGUGGGAAUGUAAUGGGACAUGCGAGGGGAGGGAGUGGCGACACUGAAGAGGGCUUGAAAGAGGUGAGGAUGCAUGGGAUUGAUGCUUUUGAGCAAGGAGCGGCAAGGGGUGGAGAGGAGGAGAGAGCGGUGGAGGAGAUUAGGAGUAGGAUUCGUGGGUGGAGUGUUAGUGAAAGGAAUGAGAUAGGGAUAGGUGUUGUGAGUGAGGUUUGUUUUGCGGAGACGCCGGAGGGGAAUAGUGUGGGGUGUGGGAAGGGAAUUUUAGGUGGUUGA